AUGACCGUCUAUGAUUUGGAACAGUGAAGAACCACAGGACAAAAUUGCCUGCUUAAGAAGAUUUAAAAAUAAUGGGGCUAUAAUUAGGUAUCGAUAGCUAAAGUGUAUUAGAUAAAUUACUUUAUUCAUGAUCUUAUCUUGUAUUCCAUCGGAGGUGAUUUACCAUAAUAGAUUUAUCUUUUGAGCAAAAUUGUGCAGGUUUCCUUUACUAAAUAUCCACUGUAGCUGCCAGCUGAUUGACCCACUUAAAAAUAGGCGCCAACAGCUGAUUUCAACCGGCUUUUAUUUACCUCCUCGAGUCGUUCGCAAAUCAUCGUUAAUACUCGGCUGUUUGAUCAAUAAUAACCCGGAAUAAAUACAAUUGCGGAGGUGUUGAGACACCUUCCGUGUUUGCGGAGCCAUCAUAUCACGCAAUCCAUCGAGGACAUGCCAUCGCAUCGCGAUGACAAACUUUUGGAUCAGUUGCCCAAGCAUAUCAGGGAAAUCGCGGAGCAGGUUAAUGUCCUAGCGCCGGAGGAGGUUCUCACAACCCCAAAGGUGCGGUUCCUGGACACUCGGCAACUCCUACAUGCACUUGUGCGAAAAUGCACUCCGGAUGAUGUAAGGGUGCUCAAGGACGCGGCUGCCAAGUGGCUGGCGGAGAUGCCUCAGGCAGCUGAUUCCCUCUUCAAGCCACUUGUAAAUGUGAGAUGGUCUCGGGUGUCCUUUGGAUGUUCUGCCCUGGAUCGUUGUACGGGUGGAGGAGUAGUUACUCGGGGUAUUACCGAACUUUGUGGAGCCGCCGGCGUGGGUAAGACCCAGUUGCUCCUGCAGCUAUCCUUGUGCGUUCAGCUGCCCACUGAGCUGGGAGGAAUGGGCAGGGGUGUGGCCUACAUUUGCACGGAGGACGCUUUUCCGGCGAGAAGGUUGCUGCAGAUGAGCAAGGCCUGCGAGAAGCGACAUCCCCAGGAGAAACUCAAUUUCCUGGGCAACAUCUUUGUGGAACAUCAUUACGAGACCGAAUCCCUUCUGAGUUGCAUAAGAAAUCGACUGCCGCGACUGAUGCAACAACAUGGCAUUGGCCUGAUCAUAAUCGAUUCAGUGGCCGCCUCAUUCCGGCUGUACACCGAUUUUAUGGAGCGGGCCCGGCAGAUGCGACGGCUGGCCGAUGCUCUCUGCUAUGCGGAUAAGUACAACUGCGCCGUGGUCUGUGUGAAUCAGGUGGCCUCCAGUGGUAAUCAGGACGAGGUUCCCUGCCUGGGAUUACAGUGGGCACACCUGGGACGGACCCGCCUGCGAGUUUCCCGGGUGCCCAAGCAGCAUCGGAUGGCAGAUCAAUUGAUCACGGUCCGCAAACUGGAGAUCCUUUACUCGCCAGAGACCCCAAAUGAUUUUGCCGAGUUCCUCAUCACCGAGGAGGGCGUGGUGGUUCCAGAGCCACCUAUGACCCGCCCACCUGCUAAAAUGCGUCGACUGUGAUCGAUUGAAUUUAUUCUGUUUAUUUUGUUUUCGUUUAUUUGUUGAAUUUAAAAUGUGUAACGGCGGAGCGAUCUAUCGACCAAAUUGUUGUUUAAUACUCCUAUUAAACUUGGCGGAAGCUUAAGAACA